CGUGGUUGGAUUUGUUUGCUGAGUGUUCUUGAUGUCUGAGCCAAUUCAACUCCUUGCAAGCUCAACCGACCUGUCCUACGAUGACUUUGUCGCCCAGUUCAUGGCGCCAAACCGGCCUGUCGUGCUCCCAGAAAGCGCCAUCCGACACUGGCGCGCACGUCACGAAUGGACGACCGAUGCGGGUGCAACGACCGGGAGCGAUGCAGUUGUCGUGCGCAACAUUGACAUUGACCGCAUCGAGGCGCUGUUUGGCCAAGCUGUGGCUCCGAUUUCAGACUGCGAUGUCACUCAGACGUAUGGAAUGGCUGGAUUGGUCGGGACGGGUCGCAGUGAUGAUGGGCAACCGCUGCUCAAGGAAGUGACCAUCGCCAAGUACUGCGAUUACCUGCGUCGACGAAGACAGCAUGUCCAACGACAAUCGAGGAGCACUGGAACGAGUGUCGAGUCUCGAGACGGGUCUAUUGGGAAGCCUGGGAAGCCUGGUGAUCACGAUGGCACGAUCGUUUCGGAUCCUCUUCCUGCCGACCGCUGCAUCUACUUGAAGGACUGGCACAUGACCCGAGACUUCCCUGGCUACAAUGCCUACGAGUUGCCAGUGUACUUUUCUGAUGACUGGCUCAACGGGUACUGGGACGAGUGCGGCAGUCUCGAUCAAAACCGGCGUGACGACUUUCGCUUUUGCUACAUUGGCCCAGCAGGCAGCUGGACGCCCGUUCAUUUUGACGUAAUGAGCUCGUUCAGCUGGUCUGCGAAUAUCUGCGGCCGCAAGAAAUGGAUCUUCUUCCCGCCCGAGGCCCGAGAAAUGCUCACCGAUGCCGCUGGAGAGCUGCUCAGCGACGUGCGAAGUGUGGACGAAACAAGGUUUCCAAACUUCCGCAAUGCACCGCGGAUCGAACUGUUUCAAGAAGAGGGACAGUUGGUGUUUGUUCCAAGUCAGUGGUAUCACCAGGUUAUCAAUCUGACCGACGUCAUAUCAAUCAACCACAACUGGGCCAAUGGAUGCAACAUUUUGGGAAUGUGGCAGCUCGCAAAAGAAGACGCACAGCUUGUUGCUACUGAUCUUUCGCUCGAAUCGGCAUCGCUGGAUGAAAUCUCCACCAGCAAACAACAUGGCGCGGUUGCAGCAGUACGCUCACCGGCAGCGCCAGCAGCAAUGUUUGGCCUGAUGGCAGCUACUGCAGAGCAGGCUAUGACUGUUCAAGACCUGCUUCGAGCGAACGGAUCGCUUGACUUUCGCGCAAUGCACGACUUGUGCAUGGUACAAGUUCGAAAAAUCCAACAACGCAGCCACCAACUAGCUCUGUUGGCUCCUUCGGCAGUCACCGCCGAGGUUUGUGCUGCGCGAAAUCGGCACGUUUCCGACCUCAAGACGAUUCGGCAGAUCUUGACCGACAUUUCUCGUUCGACAUUUUAUCGAGAGUGUCGAGAUGCGUGGCCCGCCUCCAUCGAUAUCGAGCAAGAGCUAUCUGAACAAGAAACAUUACAAAGACGGCUGACCGAGUUAUUCGAAAGUUUCAAGUAGUUUUUUGCUUUGUUUUUCGUGAAUUUGCCGUCAACGUAUUUUAUCCUCCUAAAAAUUAAUACAGUAGUCAACAAAAUGU